AUGCGAAGUGCCUUUCAUGACUUGCAGUUAAUGGCCUCCUCUUCUUCUUCUUAUUCCUCUAUUACUCCUAAAUUAGAGUAUGAGGUUUUCCUUAGUUUCCAUGGUGUGGACACCCGAACAAACAUUACCAGCCAUCUGUAUGAAGCCUUUUGUCAGAAAAAGAUUAAAACUUUCAUUGAUGAUAAGCUUACUAGAGGAGAAGAAAUUUCUGCCUUUCUUUUAAAGGCAAUUGAACAUUCAAAGAUCUCGGUUAUCAUUUUCUCUAAAGGCUACGCUUCCUCCAGAUGGUGUCUCAAAGAACUUGAAGAGAUUGUUAAAUGUAAGAACACAUAUGAUCGGAUCGUAAUACCAGUCUUCUAUGACGUAGAUCCAUCUGAUGUCAGGAAUCAAACUGGGGAUUUUGGGAAAGCAUUUGCUGAGCUUGAAAAGCGUUUUAUGGAUGAUUCAGAGAUGUUGCAGAGAUGGAGGACUGCUUUGAGGGAUGCAGCCAGCUUGUCUGGUUAUGAUUCAAAGAACUCUAGGUAACUGUAAAUUUUUGUAUCAAUGUUUUUAUGUAAUAA